UGCUGGUUAGACUUUCCUGUCUACUGUUCGAUAAACCACCUCGUGUAGAUCAGGUGCUUCAUGGCGGCUAUAUGAGCAGCUCAGGGACCCGGUCGAGCUGUGCUUUCUGGGGCCUGAUAGAAACACCAUCAAAUUCUGAUAAUGUCUGGCCCAGUAACCAGCCGAUCCCGGGUUUACCCAGAUGCCAACACACAGAGACCUCGGGAGUACUGGGACUACGAGUCACAUGUUGUGGAGUGGGGGAACCAAGAUGAUUACCAGCUUGUACGUAAAUUGGGACGCGGAAAAUACAGUGAAGUUUUUGAAGCUAUCAAUAUCACAAACAAUGAGAAAGUAGUUGUAAAAAUACUCAAACCAGUAAAGAAAAAGAAAAUAAAACGAGAAAUAAAGAUUUUAGAGAAUCUGCGUGGUGGCCCAAACAUCAUCACACUCCUAGACAUCGUCAAGGAUCCAGUGUCUCGAACACCAGCUCUGGUUUUUGAACAUGUUAACAACACAGACUUUAAGCAAUUGUAUCAAACACUAUCAGACUACGACAUCCGGUUCUACAUGUAUGAGAUCUUAAAGGCCUUGGACUACUGCCACAGUAUGGGAAUCAUGCACAGAGACGUCAAGCCUCACAAUGUUAUGAUUGAUCAUGAGCACAGAAAGCUUCGUCUGAUAGACUGGGGCCUGGCUGAGUUCUAUCACCCAAGUCAGGAGUACAAUGUCAGAGUGGCCUCCCGAUAUUUUAAAGGACCUGAACUGCUUGUUGACUACCAGAUGUAUGACUACAGUUUAGACAUGUGGAGUUUAGGCUGCAUGUUGGCCAGUAUGAUUUUCAGGAAAGAACCAUUUUUCCAUGGCCAUGACAACUAUGAUCAGCUUGUUCGAAUUGCCAAAGUGUUGGGCACAGAAGACCUAUAUGACUAUAUUGACAAAUACAACAUAGAACUUGAUCCACGGUUUAAUGACAUACUCGGCAGACAUUCCAGGAAGAGAUGGGAGAGAUUUGUGCACAGUGAGAACCAGCAUCUGGUCAGUACAGAAGCCUUGGACUUUCUGGACAAGCUUCUGCGUUAUGACCAUCAAGCACGCCUCACAGCUCAGGAGGCCAUGGAGCACCCAUACUUCUAUCCCAUUGUAAAAGAUCAGGCAAGGUUGGUUUCUGCGUCUGGGCUUUCCACUGGCUCCACUCCUGCCAGCACAUCAAGCAUUAUGACUGGAGGUGUCACAUCCAUCUCAUCGUCUCAACCUUUGGCCAACAUUACUGCUUCACCUGUCAUCCCUUCACCCCCACAAGUCCCGGCUGCUGCUGGUGCUCAACCCUGAUGAGGAUUGCUCAACUCUUUGUUUACAGGCCUUGUUUUACUUUCAUGAAAAGGAUGGAUUUGUUUUUUUUUCUUUCAUUUAUUUCUAUUCACUAAGUAUACAUUAAGAUUUGGGCACACACCAGUGUCCAGCUGAAAUGUAGCUGCUGUAUUUUAUGAAGUGUCUAGAGAAGCACCUACACUGUAGAAAUUAAGAAAAACGGAUAAUAAAGUGAAUUUUAUAUGUCCCUAAUUUUUGUUGCUUUGAUUUGAUUUAAAAUUUUUCAAUAUAGUACCCCUGUUUACAUCACGCCAUGCCACUAUUGUCUCUGUGCAAGGACCUGUACGUCAUUACAUCAUUUCAUUGUUCAUACUUACUAGUUUUGAUUAGGAUUGGAUCUGGUAUGAAAUUGAUAUGGCUCUAAAGCAUACCAAAAUAUGAUCGUAUAAAAUGUAACACAACGCUUACAGUGAAGAAAGUGAAGAAUGUACAAUCUGUUUGUUUUUGUACCUCAUCGA